AUGAAUACCACCUAUCUCCCGGCCUCGCCGCCAGAUUCCCGUUCACUGUCGCCCGUCGCUCCCUUCGAUCUGGCUGUUGACCCAGAUGAAGAACAGCACGAGCCUAUAUGGGGAUUUAACGCUGCGCUGCUCCCUGGCGACGCCGACCAAACUGAAGACUCUCCAUCCCACCCACAAGGCCAAAUAUCCGAACUUAUUACAUCGUUUUCGACAGCGAAACGCCAAGCUGAAAGAGCUCGUCGGCGCACGAUUGUGGAGGUGGAAGCUGAAGGGGAGUCCCCGGCAAAACGUCUGCACGUUGACCCGCCGCCGGGCCCGGGUCAACCCGCGCUGGACGUAGACGGUGUGGAAGUCGAGGACUGGGUCGAUGUGGAUGGGGCCCUUUUGGCCUGGCUCGAUCGUCUUGCGAAUGAAGAGGCACUGCGACUGCAGCAGGCUGCAAAACUCGCAGGCGGACCGAAGAAAGAAGGAGAUUCUGAGGAAAUGCAGGACGUGGCCCAGGCUGUACCGGAGGAGCGGUGGGUGAUCGUCGAAGCGCCUCCAGAUGGCCCACAUGCUUCAAAGCCCAUGUUAGAUGUGGUCAGCGAGAGCGUUUCGGCCCCACUGUCACCACAGGAUCUGGUUGCUCCCAUGGUAAUUGACCCCGAGCCAUCACCAUCGCCGUCCCCUUCGCCGUCCCGCUCGCCGUCCCCCGACCGUCCUCCGCGUCGCUGUCCUUGUGCACGCUGCUCGCCCAACGAGCCAUACAACGUGAACUCCGCAUUGUCUACGGACCAAAGGGACGAGAUACAUCGCUUAUUUUCUCUCAGCCCGUUUGCAAUGGGAAUGGCCUAA